ACACUCACGGUAGCAAAUGGGAGCCAUUGGGAGCAACUGGGGGUUCAGUGUCUUGCCCAAGGACACUUCGGCAUGUGGAGUCAUGUGGGCCAGGAAUUGAACCGCCGAGCCUACGAUUAGUGGACAACCCGCUCUACCACCUGAUCCACCGCCGCCCAUUAACUAUCAUUCAAAACCAUCACCUAACCAUUACAACCAUUAACAUUGUCACUACUGAUCCUUAUUGGUAUCCGCUAGACAUAACAUGCCACCAGUAGAAGACAACAAAUGACCAGUUUUCCAUUAAAACCAACACAAUUCCCAUUAAAACCAUUACAAGUACUAUGAGGGUUUCUAAUGGUUUGUUUUUCAGCAGGGGCCGCAUCACAGAUCAUGUCUGAGUGUUGAGUUGAAUGAACUAGUAAGAGUUAUUACUAUCCAAAUCCCCAGGGUCUGUCCUGAUUGCCACCCCAGCACCCCAUAGGGACCCUGUCCUGAGAAAACAUCUAACUAAUAAAGCACAUCUCGUCUCUUCAUCCCUCUAUCCAUCACUUGUUUCCCCCCGAAAUUGAGACCCUCUCCCCUAUCAGCAGCACAAUCCCAAAUGCCUUCUCACUCCCUGUAUCAGUGCACUGCAUAGUGUAUGAGGUAAUGCCUUCCGCAGCCUGUCUAGUGCUCUAGAUGUCCAGUGGGAACUCGUUUGGACUUCCGUCUUUUCCCCGUUUUCCCCUCCCGGUGCCAUGGAGACUGUAACACAGGCGGGGCCACUGACGCGCUGCCGUGGCGUCACGUGACCCGCUGGGAAACAGCAGCGGCUGCAUCAACGAGCUCCAGUGGGGUUUUUUUUCCCAGCCAGAGCUCAAAGUCUCGGUCUCUGCUAUUCAUAUUAUUAUUAUUUAAUAUUUUUUUCCCUUAUAAAUAAAUCAGGUUCGGGUGAUUUUUGCAGAGUGCAUGCUGCAGCACUGUAGCAUCAAUACUGGGAGAAAAGAUCCAAGUCGGAUCCUGAAGAACCUGAAGAACCCUCUCCACCCAUCUCCAAGCAUCUCCAAACAGUAUCGAACCGGGAUCUUAAAAAAAAACAACAACCCCAAAACAUCAGAGGUAACACAAUAGGAGACGUGGUGUGUGGUUGUUUAUUUGAAUUGAUGUUUUCGACACUUGAGAGAGCUGAACACCAGGCGCAUGUUUGGGAAAGGAUCGUGCAACAUGCGAAGGUAAACUUCAGACGCAUCUGAACACUCUUGCGUGUUUUUUUUUUUUUUUUUUUUUGCGUUCAUGGAUGUAAGAGAAGAGAUGCGCACGGCGGGUUUUUGGGCGGAAUAAUACCUGGGCCUUUUCCCCUGUCCUGUCUGCUGAUUGAUGCGGGGUGUGCAUGGGCUGCUCUGUCGGAUGCUGUAGCUGUACCUCAUCCUGAUGCAACCUCGUGGCUGGGACUACACCGCGCGUUGUGAUGCUCCUUCUGCAUGCCCAGUCUGAUACCGAGUCUCAUUCCUGCGCGUUUUUAGAAUGGCCCGUUUCGAAGACGACCUGCCGGUCCGGUAUGGAGGCGGCUCUCCGUCGGGUGCGGGCCGAGGGCCGAGCCGGCAGCAGGGGCCCCCGGGCGCCCCCAGGGUCUACAAACAGACCAUGGCCCAGCGAGCCCGCACUAUGGCCAUCUACAACCCCAUUCCUGUCAAGCAGAACUGCCUCACCGUCAACCGCUCUCUCUUCAUCUUCAGCGAGGAUAACGUGAUUCGGAAGUACGCCAAGAGGGUCACCGAGUGGCCUCCAUUUGAGUACAUGAUCCUCGCCACCAUCAUAGCCAACUGCAUUGUCUUGGCCUUGGAGCAGCAUUUACCUGCGGAUGAUAAAACCCCGAUGUCCGAGCGACUGGAUGACACAGAGCCUUACUUUAUUGGCAUAUUUUGCUUUGAGGCUGGGAUUAAGAUCAUUGCACUUGGCUUUGCGUUUCAUAAAGACUCCUACCUCCGUAACGGAUGGAAUGUAAUGGAUUUCGUCGUUGUGCUGACGGGGAUUCUGACUACCGUCGGGGCAGACUUCGACUUGCGGACGCUCAGGGCAGUUCGAGUCCUACGGCCGCUUAAGCUGGUGUCUGGAAUUCCAAGUCUUCAGGUGGUCCUGAAGUCCAUCAUGAAAGCCAUGGUACCUUUGCUGCAGAUUGGCCUGCUGCUCUUCUUUGCCAUCCUCAUGUUUGCCAUCAUUGGCUUGGACUUCUACAUGGGCAAGUUCCACCGUGCCUGCUUCAGAAACGACACUAACGAGCAGGUGGCCGAGUUCCCCUGUGGCCUGGAUCCUCCAGCACGCCUCUGUGAGAACGGCACCACUUGUCGGGAGUACUGGCCUGGCCCCAACUUUGGCAUCACCAACUUUGACAACAUCCUCUUCGCCGUGCUCACCGUCUUCCAGUGCAUCACCAUGGAGGGCUGGGUGGAAAUCCUUUACAAUGCCAACGAUGCCUCAGGGAACACCUGGAACUGGCUGUACUUCAUCCCCCUCAUCAUCAUCGGCUCCUUCUUCAUGCUCAACCUGGUUCUGGGAGUUCUGUCAGGGGAGUUUGCUAAGGAGCGGGAGCGUGUGGAAAAGAGGCAGGAGUUCCUAAAGCUGCGCAGACAGCAGCAGAUUGAAAGAGAGCUCACCGGCUACCUGGAGUGGAUCUGCAAAGCAGAAGAAGUCAUGCUUGCUGAGGAGGACAAGAACGCAGAGGAGAAGUCUCCUCUGGAUGGUGCCUGGUACAAAAGGAAGUGCAACAACCCAGUUCUGAAAAGAUCCAAGAAGAGCAAGAAUGACCUCAUCAAUGCAGAAGAAGGGGACGAUCAUUUCACGGAUAUCUCAUCAGUCGCACCCCAGGGCUCACCGUUCGCUCGGGCUAGCGUGAAGAGCAGCAAGAACGAGAGCUCUUCGUAUUUGCGCAGGAAAGAAAAGCGAGUGCGCUUCUUCAUCCGGCGCAUGGUGAAGUCUCAGGGCUUCUACUGGACUGUGCUGUGUCUGGUGGGCCUGAACACGCUGUGUGUGGCUAUAGUGCACUACGACCAGCCCGAAUGGCUCACCUACGCUCUCUAUCUGGCCGAGUUUGUAUUCUUGGGCCUGUUCUUGAUUGAGAUGAGUCUGAAGAUGUACGGCCUCGGCCCCCGGAGCUACUUCCACUCUUCCUUCAACUGUUUCGACUUUGGCGUGAUCGUAGGGAGUAUUUUCGAGGUGAUAUGGGCAGCAGUUAAACCCGGGGCAUCUUUCGGCAUCAGCGUGUUACGAGCUCUGCGGCUGCUGAGGAUCUUCAAGGUUACAAAGUAUUGGAAUUCUUUGAGGAACCUGGUGGUGUCUCUGCUCAACUCUAUGAAGUCUAUCAUCAGCCUGUUGUUCCUCCUGUUUCUCUUCAUUGUGGUGUUCGCGCUGCUCGGAAUGCAGCUUUUUGGGGGACAGUUUAAUUUUGAAGAUGAGACCCCGACAACGAACUUCGACACUUUCCCAGCAGCAAUUCUGACGGUGUUCCAGAUUCUGACAGGAGAAGACUGGAAUGCAGUGAUGUAUCAUGGGAUCGAGUCUCAGGGAGGAGUGGGCAGUGGCAUGUUCUCCUCCGUCUACUUCAUCGUCCUCACGCUGUUUGGAAACUACACUCUUCUUAACGUCUUCCUGGCUAUUGCUGUCGACAACCUUGCAAACGCACAGGAACUCACUAAGGAUGAGGAGGAACAGGAGGAGGCCAUCAGUAAGAAGCUGGCCCUCCAGAAGGCUAAAGAGGUGAAGGAAGUCAGCCCCAUGUCAGCUGCUAGCAUCUCUCUCGCAGCGAAUUAUGUCUGCUCCCCCGCCCAUCACUACUUGAGUCAAGAGCAGCGGCGCUCGCUGAAGAUGAUGUCCGUAUGGGAGCAGCGCACCACGCAGAUCCGUAAGCACAUGCGAGCCAGCAGUGAGGCCCUGUACCACGAGGAACUCAACCCUCGCUUGACCUCCACUCAGCACCUACGGCCCGACAUCACCACCCACCUGGACCGGCCACUGGUGGUGGAGCCACGAUGCGACUGGGACAAGCCCAGGGAUUUGAGAGUCGAAGCAGGCACACCUGAGGACCCCAACCCACAGGUACCCUCUGAUCCCCUUGCCAUGGAGCCUCCUCAAUCCCAACCCCCACGUAAACACCAUCAUCGGAGACGCGAGCGAACUUCCAAUGAAGCCCAAGAAAAUGGUGAAACUGGAGCCUCACGUCACCACAUACACCACAGCCGCAUCAAGGAGACUGAGGGCACACGGGCCAAAGAUGGCAAGAGUGAGCGCAGCCACAGCCGUGAUGCUAGAGGAGAACACAGACACCACCGUUCGCAUAGGGCAGGACGCGAAGGCAAUGGUGUUGUCUGUGCCAAGAGCGAGAGACGCUCGCACCACAGAGAAGGCUCACGCUCGGCCAAGGGGGAUGGAGAGAGGAGCUCACGAGGGGAGGAAGGGGGCAAUGGGGGCAGGAGGAGGCACCGGCAACGGGCCGGCAAGGCGCAGUCUGCACUAGAGGACGGGGAGCAGAGGGAGGAUGGAGAGCGAGAAGAGGACAAGCCUCCAGAGCACACACAAACCGAAAUGGGUGGAGAUAUGCUGCCUGCAAGUUCUCAGCAGCUUGCGGUGGGAAGUCGGUGGUGUCUGGAGAAACCAGAAGACUCAGAUAACCAGCGGAAUGUCAGCCGCACAGGAGGCCUGGGGGUCCACAUCCCCGUCACCAUCACCUCUCCACCUGGAGAGACCACUCUCAUAGCCAUGAACAGUAUAGACAGCGAGACAGUGCCCAUGACUGAGAAGAACCUGGAGGAGGGGAACCAGAGUGGUCCACGCCCUAUCCUUCCUUAUAGCUCCAUGUUUAUCUUCAGCCCAACUAACCCGGUGAGGCGUUUGUGUCACUACAUAGUCAGCCUGCGUUACUUUGAGAUGUGUAUCCUGAUGGUUAUAGCUAUGAGCAGCAUUGCACUGGCUGCAGAAGACCCGGUUAAUGCCAACGCUCUGCGGAACUACGUGCUCAAGUAUUUGGACUACGUCUUCACCGGUGUGUUCACAUUUGAGAUGGUAAUUAAGAUGGUGGAUUUGGGCUUGCUACUGCAUCCAGGCUCCUACUUCAGAGACUUGUGGAAUAUUCUAGACUUCAUUGUGGUCAGUGGAGCUCUGGUGGCAUUCGCUUUCACAGGGACCAAAGGGAAAGACAUCAGCACCAUCAAGUCUCUCAGGGUGCUACGAGUCCUGCGUCCUCUGAAGACCAUUAAACGCUUACCAAAACUGAAGGCCGUGUUCGACUGUGUGGUGAACUCCCUGAAGAACGUGCUGAAUAUCCUCAUCGUCUACAUCCUCUUCAUGUUCAUCUUCGCUGUCAUUGCCGUGCAGCUUUUCAAGGGCAAGUUCUUCUACUGCACGGACGAGUCCAAAGGCCUGGAGAGGGACUGCAGAGGGCAGUUUCUGGAGUACGAUAAGCAUGAGGUCUCGGCCCAGCCCAGGGAGUGGAGAAAAUACGACUUUCACUAUGAUAACGUGCUGUGGGCCUUUCUUACACUCUUCACUGUGUCCACAGGAGAGGGCUGGCCUACGGUUCUGAAGCACUCUGUGGACGCCACCUUCGAGGACCAGGGUCCUAGUCCCGGCUACCGCAUCGAGAUGUCCAUCUUCUACGUGGUCUACUUUGUUGUCUUCCCCUUCUUUUUCGUCAACAUCUUUGUGGCGUUGAUUAUUAUCACGUUCCAGGAGCAGGGCGACAAAGCCUUGUCCGAGUGUAGUCUGGAGAAAAAUGAGAGAGCCUGUAUUGACUUUGCCAUCAAUGCCAAACCGCUGACACGCUACAUGCCCCAGAACCAGCAGUCUUUCCAGUACCGGAUGUGGAAGUUUGUCGUUUCUCCACCUUUCGAGUACUCCAUCAUGAUCAUGAUCGCCCUCAACACUGUGGUCCUCAUGAUGAAGUACUACGAUGCUCCAAACGCCUAUGAAGCAAUGCUGAAGUAUCUCAACGUCGUCUUUACUGCCCUUUUUUCACUGGAGUGUGUUCUGAAGAUUAUUGCAUUUGGCCCUUUGAACUAUCUGAAGGAUGCGUGGAACGUGUUCGACUUUGUGACAGUACUGGGGAGCAUCACGGAUAUCCUGGUCACUGAGAUUAACGACCGUCUGUUAAACCUGAGCUUCCUGAGGCUGUUCCGAGCGGCCCGUCUCAUCAAACUCCUCCGGCAGGGUUACACCAUCCGCAUCCUGCUUUGGACAUUUGUGCAGUCCUUCAAGGCUCUGCCUUAUGUCUGCCUUCUGAUCGCUAUGCUGUUCUUCAUUUACGCCAUUAUAGGAAUGCAGGUCUUUGGAAACAUCGAUUUGAACGAGGACACGGCCAUCAACCACCACAACAACUUCCGCACUUUCCUGCAAGCUCUCAUGCUGCUCUUCAGGAGUGCUACAGGAGAGGCCUGGCACGAGAUCAUGCUGUCGUGUCUGAGUCACCGUCCAUGCGAUGUGAACUCCGGGACGCCGGGAAACGAGUGCGGCAGCGACUUUGCCUACUUUUACUUUGUCUCCUUCAUCUUCCUUUGUUCUUUCCUGAUGCUGAAUCUGUUUGUGGCUGUGAUUAUGGAUAAUUUUGAGUACCUGACCCGGGACUCCUCCAUCCUGGGUCCCCACCACCUGGACGAGUUCAUCCGCGUAUGGGCCGAGUACGACCCAGCUGCUUGUGGCCGUAUCAAGUACCGCGAUAUGUAUGAGAUGCUGCUCCACAUGUGCCCACCUUUAGGUUUGGGAAAGAAAUGUCCGCCACGAAUCGCCUACAAGCGUCUGGUGAAGAUGAACAUGCCCAUCGCCGACGACAACACGGUCCAUUUCACCUCCACGCUCAUGGCUCUAAUCCGCACCGCACUGGAGAUCAAACUGGCCUCAGGAAUCGUGGCCCAGCGUCUGUGUGAUGCAGAGCUAAAGAAGGAGCUGGGAACCGUCUGGCCAAACCUGUCUCAGAAGACCAUGGAUCUCCUGGUGACUCCUCACAAACCUAACGAGCUGACGGUUGGGAAGGUGUACGCUGCUCUCAUGAUCUUCGACUACUACAAACAGAACAGAGCCAAGAAAAUUCAGAUGCAGCAGCAGCAGUCCAAAGAGCAGCCAGGACCACAGAACAAUGUGGGAGCUCUCCUGGAGCCCAUUCUGAACCCUAUGCAGGGGAAAAGCAGGAGCAUGAUGGACUGUCCAUCAGAUAUCCAGCCUCCCAUCAGACCCAGCUCUGCCACGCUGAACAACGGGCACACACCCCAUGACAACACCAUUAAAGGGUCCUCGUCAUGGGCUUCAGAGAAAACCAAAGAGGUCCAGAGGUCAAAGAAGCGACCCAUCCUGAGAGGCCAGUCAGAAGAGAUCUCAAACACAAACACCGCCCAGGUGUCAGUAGAGAUGAGGAAAAUGGAGAACAGUUCCAACACGGUAGCUCCUGCUGGUUUAGAGGGUCAAGGACGAGCGGUAUCCAUGCCCAAACUCAGUGCAGAAAUCCAGAGAAGUCAUUCACGUCACUCUCCAGGAACCUUACUUGCACCGAUUCCUGACUCCCCCCUGAGGCGUUCGGUGUCGACGUUUGCGCCACAGCGUCCUCCGGAGGUCAUCACGAACGACUAUGUUCUGGAGAAGCCUGCACAAGAGCGACCGCAUCACCAUCAUCAUCAUCACCGCUGCCAUCACCGGAGAGACAGAGAGAAGAAGCAGAGGUCGCUGGAUAGGUCACCCGGGGGACAGCCUAAUAGCACGGGUGGCACGGCGGCUGACUCUGCGGGGAACUCCUCGUUCCGGGAGAGAGGGCACGACCGAGGCCGUUCCCACGAAAGGAAACACCAUUCGUCGACGGCGGAGAAGCAACGUUACUACUCGUGCGAUCGCUACGGCAGCCGCGAGCACUUUCCCGCUAAGCCUGCGCCAGCCAGCUGUGCCACCUCACCCGGAGAGGCUCAGGAGACCACCUUCACCAAGCAGCGUUUAAGGACGUGACAGAAAGGAGGACCGAAGAAGCUCGGGGUUUUGUGGAACUACAAGGUGUUAUGACUGCAGGCCUUAAUCAGGAAGCAAAAGAAACUGUAUGUUCUUCAGUUUUUCUUUUCUUUUUUUUUUUUUUCUUUCUCCUUCUUUUUUUUCGGAGUGGACAUGACAGUAUGAUUAUGUUUGAUUUGUUUUCUUGUACGACCUUUAUUUAUUUAUUUUUCUUUUUCUUCUUCUUACAUUUGUAUUACUUUGUAAUGGGGGAGGGAGGGACUUGUCAAACUCAAAUGCAAAAUAUUACUUAGGAUGAAAUAUAAGAAUGAAAGUAGUCAUAUAUUACUACUUUACGCAUCAUAACCACAACUGCAUGUUUUUCAUGAUGAUGAUCAGGUUAAUGAUGGUGAUGUAUGUGUAAUUUGUUUUGGUGAAGACGCUCAACUGGGACAUCAUCGCUAGCCAUUGGCUUCACGGUUCAACCUUAUAUGAUGGUGUGUAAAGAUACUGUAGGAAAGACAGAAACAGCAGCAAAAAGCCACGUUUAUGAUGUAUAGCUUGAGAAAGUCAAUAAUGAGUGGGGUUUAUUUUAAUUUUUUUUAACCUACUACAAAAAAAAAAAAAGACAGAAAAACUAGUCAAUACAUGAAAUGUGCUUGUCCCAGUGUUAGUGUUAGUGAUUUGUUCACCCCUUGGCCUUCCACAUGGUACUGGCUCUAACUGACCUGCUGCCAGAUGUUGAGCUGUAUAUCCAGCUUCUGUAGCCGUGAUGGCUGAGAACCAAACAGAGACGCUUUGCAGAAGCUGCACAAAAGCCAACACCCAGUAAUGGAAUAUUACUUUGUUUCGGUGGCUUGGGACUAAAAAGGUGUAACUUAACAUGGUUUUCGGAGAUCAAAGCUAGCUGACCAACUUCACGCUGAAAAGAAAAUGUCCCACGAGUGUUUGAGCACCACUUUCCUUUGUAGCACUGCACACACAACUUGUUGUCCAUUUAGCUGCUUAGCAUGCAGUAAGUAACAGGGACCGGGGCCUUUAAUGCCUUUGGCCAUUGAAACGACAGGAUUUUGAUUGAAAAUGAGUACUUUUAAGUUUAAAGUAGGGCUAUGCAACAAGAAGACACUUUAAAAAAAAGAAAAAAAGAAAAAAAAAGAAACAUCAUUCAUUCUGUAGCUUUACCUGCUGGGAUGUCCAGAUUCAGCCUUCCGCAUGAUCGUGACCAAAUCUUUUCUAUAAAAAAUAAAAAAAAGGAAUAAAAUGUAUGAAAAAUAUAUAUUUUAGAAUGCACAAAGGCACAAUGAUUAAUGAAGCAGACGUCACCAACAUGUCUUUAAAAAAAAAAAUACAUAAAAAUCUGCAAUGUAUCUGCAUGCAUCAGAGUUACCCACUUUGAAAUUGUAAAAGCAGAGCGGGUGUUUCGAAAAAACAAAAACAAACGCGUAUUUUUAUAUGGCCACGCUUUAAUUUCAUGGCUGUGCUGAUAAAGUUGUCACCGUUUUUCAUGCUGAAGUGUGAAACACCUCUUUGCACUCCUGAUACGUCCUUCAGAUGAUGUUGUCCUUCAGCACGCUGCCACCGUGGCUUUAAACCGCAGUCCAUAUAUAAUCCACUUCAUCUAUACUUGCAGUUUCAUCACUAUUAAAGUCCAACUUUACAACCAUUUGGCAACCGGUUGGUCGCCAAACCCGGAAAUGGCACCCCGUCCUUUCUGCACAUCUAGUUUAAUGUGGCUGUUCUCUUUGGGGAAUAAAGUAAUGUUUGCAUGGUCUGACGAUGUACGUGCAUGUUGAACUACGCAUUGUUUAUCUUCAUACUUUUUUGAUACGAUGUAUUCUUUCUCGGUUCUGUUUUUAAAAUGACAUUUGAUAUAAAUUAAGGGGUUUGUUGAGGCAUAAAAAAAAAACAAAAAAAAAACAAGUUUCUAUAUAAACUCAGUAUUGAAAAUUGCGCACAGCUCCUCCAGUGAGAUAGAGCUGGAACAAACACCCUUUAUUUGGAUUCUACGUCUCACUUGUUUGUUGCCUGAUUUCUGUUGAUUUCAAAUGGCCAGAAUUUGAAUUCUGCAGUUGUUUCUACCUUAAUAUUUUGUAUGAAGCAAAGUCCUUGAAUUAAAAAAAAGGGAAACCAGA